UCCUGAUUUAAUCAAAGGCUCAAAGCCAUAGGUCAUUCUUUGGACAUAUAUGGACUGGCUUUGCGACUGGUCAACAACGUCAGUACGUCACCCGCAUCAAUUCCUUGCCAGGAGCGCGUCCCUGCCAAGGCCAUAUUUCCGUCUCUAAUUAAUCAAGUAGUCAGCCAUGUAGUUGUAGCCACGCAGCUCUAUUUAAACACACUCUCGAGAGAGUCCCGGCCGAACUGCAACACCAUCCGUCGAGAGCUCACAUAGCAAUGGCCUGCUCUGCCGCCGCAGCAGCCCUUCUCCUGCUGGCCUCCAUGGUCUGCUGCUGCCGCUCGGCGCCGCCGGCGGGUGCGCUCGUGACGCGUCUCCCCGGGUUCGACGGCGCUCAGCUGCCGUCGAAGCACUACGCCGGGUACGUGACGGUGAACGAGCAUGUCGGGAGCAGGCUCUUCUACUACCUGGUGGAGUCGGAGCGCGACCCGGCCCGGGACCCCGUCGUGCUCUGGCUCAACGGCGGUCCUGGCUGCUCCAGCAUGGACGGCUUCGUCUACGAGCACGGACCAUUCAACUUUGAGUCAGGAGGGUCGGCUGGAAGUUUGCCAAAGCUUCAUCUCAACCCUUAUAGCUGGUCCAAGGUGUCUAGUGUAUUAUACUUGGACUCCCCUUCUGGUGUUGGGCUGUCAUACUCAAAGAAUGUUUCAGAUUAUGAAACUGGCGAUCUUAAGACAGCUGCUGAUUCACAUACUUUUCUUCUCAAGUGGUUCCAGCUCUAUCCGGAGUUCCUAAAAAAUCCAUUUUACAUAGCUGGAGAGUCUUAUGCCGGAGUUUAUAUCCCUACCCUUGCAAAUGAAGUGGUCAAAGGAAUCCACAAAGGAGAUAAUCCAGUUAUAAACUUCAAGGGCUACAUGGUCGGGAAUGGUGUAUGUGACAGCGCCUUUGAUGGUAAUGCUCUUGUACCGUUUGCACAUGGAAUGGGCCUAAUUUCAAAUGAUAUAUACAAGCAAGCGAAUACGGCAUGUCAAGGAAACUACUGGAAUUAUUCUGACAGUGGAGAAUGCACCGAGGCAGUAUCAAAAGUCGAUACGGUAAUCAAUGGAUUAAAUAUUUAUAACAUUCUUGAGCCAUGCUACCAUGGCACAAAUACCAAGGAAGUGAUCUCAGAAAAUAACAGAAUACCUCAAAGUUUUAAAGAUCUUGGUGUAACUAGCAGGCCCCUUCCAGUAAGAACAAGAAUGAUUGGCCGGGCAUGGCCUCUGAGAGCUCCUGUAAGAGAUGGGCGCGUUCCAUCAUGGCAAGAGCUAGCCGCUGGCACUGGAUCAUCAGUUAUGUGUAUGAGUGAUGAAGUUGCAACAGCAUGGCUAAACAAUGAUAGCGUCAGAUCUGCAAUUCAUGCAGAACCAGUCAGUUCAAUUGGACCUUGGGUCCUAUGCACAGACAAAUUGACAUUUCACCAUGAUGCUGGGAGCAUGAUAAUUUACCACAAAAACCUUACAAGCCAGGGUUACCGUGCUCUCAUUUACAGUGGUGACCAUGAUAUGUGUGUACCUUACACUGGGAGCCUAGCAUGGACCACAUCUUUAGGCUAUGGAGUCAUCGAUUCGUGGCGAGCGUGGUUGGUUAAUGAACAAGUUUCUGGGUACACCCAAGGAUAUGAAAAUGACCUCACUUUUGCUACUAUUAAGGGUUCUGGACAUACAGUUCCUGAGUAUAAACCAAAGGAAGCAUUUGCUUUCUACAGCCGUUGGCUUGCUGGUUCUAAACUGUGAAGCUCAUGUUGCAGCUGCUGAUGUGGGGAGCCAUAUUUCUGUUCAAAGUCAUGCAUUGAAUCAAAUAGAGAACAAUGUGAACAAAAUUGGUUAACCCAUGCAACAAAUAAGAGGCAGACAAAGGAUCAAAGUACCUAGCGCCAACUACAAUGUUGCGUUCUUUUACGCAAAAUAUUAUAUCACCAAUGCAGAUGUUCACAUGCAUUAUUGCUCACACCUUUAUGGUACGGUGUGAUCAAAUAUUUGUGACAAUUUUCAUCUGUUUUGAAAUCCAAAAGGUACAAAUUAAAAGUCUGCUAUAUUUUGGCUUGGAUGCAAAUAAGUUUCGGAUAGUGUUGUUAAAUAA